GAGUUUUCUUGUUAAAGUUAUGUCCCCCGCUCCCUCCCUGCAGGCGGGAUCGAGCCGGGUGCUGUACGACCUCCUGCCCGUGGUGUCGUUCCGGGGCUGGCCUGCCGUGGCUCAAGGCUGGCUGACGGCCAACCACUUCUGGGAUGGUAAAAUCACAGAGGAGGAAGCCAUAUCGGGCUUCUAUCUGCUUCCCUGCUGCUCCCCGCUGGGUGGCCGGCCCGACAGGGAGUGGAGGCUGGCAUUCUCCCGCAGUGAGGUUCAGUUGAAGAAGUGCAUCCCGUACCCCAUGGCCCAGGCUUUCCAAGCAGCGAAGGCUGUGUUGUCCCGUAUCCUCUCCCGACCUCGCCGUGGCCUCAGCCUCUAUCAUCUGCGUACCCUCCUCUUCUGGGCCUGCGACCGACUUCCAGCCUCCUACCUGUCGUGCUCUGACCCCGACACCGCCGGCCGCCUCAUCCUAGGUCUCCUUGAUGACCUCGGUCAUUGCAUCCUGGGUAAAAACUGCCCGAACUACUUCCUGCCCCAGUGCAACAUGCUGGAGCACCUCACAGACAGCCAGGCGCUGCUCGUCGCCAGGAAGCUCGCCCACCUGCGAUCAGAUCCCAGCGAGCACCUGCGGGCAGCCCUGCAUCAGGCCCAGCAGGCGGGGCAGCUGAAGAAGGAGCUAACAGCUAGCACCAACGGCCACGGGUCCCCCGGGCACAACCCAGCCAGCGGCAUCAUCUCCCCGUCGGAGGACAAGCUGGCGCAGCGACUGCAGCAGCUGGUCACUGAGAACCCUGGGAAAUCCAUAUCAGUCUUUCUCAACCCUGAUGAUGUCACCAGGCCGCACUUCCGCAUCGAUGACAAGUUUUACUGACAUGUUUUGACGUGUGGGAAUGUGUUUAGCUAACAAACACGGCCUAAAAAUGACGUCAAAGGGUGAGAGGAAUACAAAUCAGGCAUGGAACUGAACACACUCCUCAACAACGCCUUGCUGCUGACUCUUUAAACCAAAAACAAAUGUCCUACUAAUGACGUCACAACAGACAUGAUGUCACCAAGCUGUUGCCACGGAGAUGGCCCUCUCCUAACGAGCUGGCCUUAACGAGACUAAUCAGCUGGUGCUACAAAGACAAGGGCCGGCUUUAGUCUUGUGAAACAAGUCCAGUGGAACUCAAAACAAAAAGUGUGUGUGUGUGUGUGUGUGUGUGUGUGUGUGUGUGUGUGUGUGUGUGUGUGUGUGUGUGUGUGUGUGUGUGUACGCCUAAGGGUUUUCACAUAUUACUUCUUAAGAUGGAGAGAAAAGCUCCUUGAUUGCUGCGUUUCUCCCUCCCGUUUGUUUUGGAUCAGCAAUGGCUGGAAAACAAGGUGUGGCUGAUGUAACUGAAUGUAAUGUUGUGAGGAGAGUCUCUUUUCUCUGUCGACUACAGUUUAGCCCACUUAUUUUUCCACCCCCAAGCCACCAUUUAUCUUUUUCAUUUAAAAAAUUAUCAUUCUCAGGUAUUCAUAGUACUUAUCAUUUUUGUAUGUAUAUGAUUCAUUUAAGGUCUUAAUCUAUGUUUCAAUGCCUCUUACAUUUCAUUGGGUAGUGGAAUGUACCAAAGAGCUGCGUUUGUGCGGUUUUGCAAAGAGAAACGUACAUCUUAUUUUGAUGAGUCAUGGUCAGAAUGUUAAUCAACCUUUUCUCCUUCUGAAGGUCUGGUCACUACAGCAGCUACAACGCAACACUGUGGCAAAAAUCAAUAAUUCCAAUGGAAUCAGUGCAGAAGUUGGACUUGAUAAUAAGUUUAAAACAGGGAUUUAUGACAGUUAUACAACAGGUGUCGUUGGUACGAAUACGUCUCUUGAAAAUACUGACUCGUUGUCCUGUUAGCGGCAAAGCUAAUGAGUUUUGCUUAUGAUUAGCUCUAGCCCCCCCCUCUAUAUUGGAAUCCUUUAUUGAUUAAAACUAUUUCAGAUCUUGAGAACAAGGCACAGAGCAAGUGGAAAUAAGCUGAGUUAUCUAUCUGUCAAUAAUCACUCCCAGAGUUUUUACAUUUAUUGAUUAUUUACUGUUUUGAUGAAAAGAACAAAAUGGCAAAUAAUAACCCCUUGCCAAAUGUUCUUUUAUUCUCCUUUCUCAAUGAUGGUUAAUUGACUGCAUUUGUGUUUCAGAUUGUUGAUUAGCUAAACAAGUAAUUUGAAGACACCACUAUGGGCUCCGUGACAUUUUACACAAACAAAAGUUACCAAUAAUGAAAACGUACUUUGCUGUGCUACCUUCUGCCGUGACCAGGCCUCGGAAAACGGUUGACACUGAAAAGGAUGGGAAUGUAAAAUGUACUAAACUUGCUAAUUAUAUUAUAAUACAAUUUAUAUCUUGUAUUGUACUAAGAUGUAAGGGUUGCUACAUUAUACGUGAAACCCUUGGAGCUUUUUCAAGUUCUGUUCCCCUACCUGAGCGGACAUUUUGGUCUUUUGUGUUUGGAGUGUUAAGGUAGGCCCUUUAUAAGGGAUCUAGAAAAUAUAUAUUGAGAUACGAGGAAUCUAAUUAUGAGUGUACUGGGCAAAAACACAGGUCUCGAAUCAGGACUUUGGCUAUUUAUCACGACUAAUUCAAAACGGCCCGGGACAUCUUCAUCUAUUAACUUUCCGUUUAAGUUUUGUUUGUCUCUCGAUUUUGGAAACUGGUUCCAACCUGAGUGAUUCUGAUAAUUGUCCCCCGUUUCCUCUGCAUGGUUGGACUUUUUUAAUGAGCUUUGCGUGUGUGUGUGUGUGUGUGUGUGUGUGUGUGUGCGUGUGUGUGUGUGUGUGUGCACCCAGAGACGAGGCACACAGCAGGACGCAGACAAACACCCAGAUGCUGCCCGCUGAAUUUCACCCUCAGUGGGUGCGUGUUAGUCGCUGCGCCCUAUCGUUGCUCAGCAGACGGGUAUCAUCCACAGGGGGACGGGGGGAGGACAGGCCUAUCUCUGCUCCUUUGAAGAUGGAAGACAGGCCUUGCGGGGCCUGGACAGCUGCCUCUUUCUCCUGUAUUCUGCUUUCUCUCACACUUUUUUUGCUCCUCUUCCUCCCUCCUAACACCCACAUAUCUCCUCACAGGGUUGGCUUCUUUAUUUUUUUUAAGAUCCAGAGCAGCAAAAACUAUUCUAAUCUUAUGUUUACACUCUUUACACCAAUUUGAUUAGGAGUUAUAAAGCUAGUUAAUGGUGCAGUGGAGACAUAAUAGUAACCAGACGAGCAUUAAUGUCAAUUUUUUGUGUCUUAAUGCAAGUCAUUUGAGACAAAGUUGACAAAGUUGCUGCAAUAUUUGUGCAAAGGCAAGAUUUAAAAGCUACAUGAUUGGUUACAGUUUAUUUUAAAUGUUAACGUGGUGAUGGUUAAUUCAUUUAAAGCUGCUGGUGUUUUCUAUUAGAACAUCUGCUCUAAAAUCUCAUGUGCUUACUACUGAAUGAUUUUUUUUUUUUACUGCAUCCAUCUGUUCUGAUGUGUAUGAAUUGAAAACCAAAGUGUGUUGUUGAGACGUUGCAGAAUGUGUGUGUCCGUUAGAAUUUUCAGCACUUUUUCCGAGACAGGCUCAAAUAUCAAAUAACUUUAAGACAGAAGAAAUGCAGCAUUUAUUUAUUUAUCGGAAAUGUAAAAGGUACCUUCUCAUUGCCUCUGUUAUGUUCGACUGAGUAUCAGUUGUGUGUCUCACUUUUUACCUUAUUGGGCCUAGUUAGAGAUUACUAAUGUAAACACUGGAAAGAAUCACAAUAUUAAAAUGUACGGUGUCAGUUUUUAGAUAUGCAAUCAAUCCUUCUACUCUAAUUCCAACUGUAAUAGUGAAAGGGUAUCUGCUGUCCAGGGGUUGCAUGAUGACACUCCCAAACAUCUGUUUUCCUUGCUGAAACCUCUGAUGAUUAUUUUUCUGAUUCUGCGCAUAAAUAACUGACUGAAUACGAUGAAUGUAUCCAACAUAUCUCCAAUCUGUUCCCCCCUGGAGGCUCACCGCUAUCUGCACCGAUACACUCCGAUCCGAUAAGAGUCUGUUCUGAAUCACUCCACACUUUGAGAAAUGUCCUAUCUCUGUUAUUACUUGAGGUCUUUUCUUUUUUAAUAAGUGCAAAUUAUUUUCUCUAUCAUGAUAUGCUGUAUUUAUUACUGUUAUUUUCUGGGGGUUUAUAUUGAUCAAGCUUUAGCAUGGAAUAAAUCACUACAUUUCAAAUCA